GGUGCAUUGGUUGUUCGUUGGCCUCGCCGGAGGCGACGCACGUGAUGUAGUUGGUCUCAGCGCCGGGAAAACGAUUGACUACCUCCGCGAGGCAAAUCCAAGCUUGGGCCCCGGAAAAGACGCUGCCAACAAUGGAGAGAAAGUGGAAAGAGCUGGAGCUAAGCGCGGAACCCUUGUCGAAGGAGGCGGAGAGCCCUUGCCGGACGUGGUGCUGGAGUCGGAGCAACAACUGAGCACCCGCUCCCCUAAGGGUGGGUUGGCAGCAAGUUGGCCCCUCAACCCGACCAAUCUUGAUCUCGAUGCACUCAAUGGACGCCUUCUCGGAAACCCGGGAAUCCAACAAAAAUUCUCAAUCCAGCCGACUGAUGAAUUAAAGAAACUGAUGGAAGAGUACCCCGACGUAGCGCGAAAAAUCGAAAGACAGCGGAUGAAUGGACAAACCAGCGGCCAGGAGACUUUCACUGACAAAAACGGCGAUACCCGAAUGAUCUCAUGGAACUUAUCAAGACAAGAGAUUCCCGGACAACAGAGAAUCUUCCGAACCGAGUACACUCAGCCGCAAUCGUACCGGGUGGAAACGCCACCGAUUCGGACAGAGCAAACGGUUCGGAGAGAAGGGACACCCAUGAGGACAGAGCAAUCGUUUCGGAGAGAGGGGACACCCAUGCGGACAGAGGAAUCUUUUCGGACAGAGGACCCACCCAUGCGGACGGAGGAAUCUUUCCGAUCUGGCACACCGGAUUUGAGCGAGCUCCUUAAAAAAGGAGGGGGGUCCGACUCCGAGUCCGGAAGCGACUCUGAAGAGGACGACGAUGACUACAAAGAUGACGAGCCCUCGGGGUCCUCGUCCAGUGGACAUUCUUCCUCAAGCUCAGGCUCGAAGACCAGGAAAACCAAUAGCAAAGUGUCCAAGAAGAAAAAUAGACCAGGGAUGGGCCAGGUAGUUGCCGUUGUGCACAAGAAAUGGGUCAAGACGGAGUCAGGAUACCAUAAAGCGUCACAGUCGCAGCAAAAGAGGACGAAACAUCACAGGAAGGGGGCCAAAAGCAGCUCUUACUCCAAGAGCAGUGGCAGCAAGAGUGCAUCUCACAGUAGAUACCACAGUCCGUCGCGCGCUAGAGCUCGAAGUUAUUCGCAAAAGAGAAGCAGGUCUAAAAGUCCAUCCAUGUCUAAGAGUUCAUCCAGGAGUCCUUCGCCCAAAAGAGGAUCACGCAGUAAAAGUUAAAAAUCAUGGCUGAAAAGGCUCAGCUGUCAUUUCGAACUUCGGUUAUUUGAUCACUCGGAUAGUUAUAAGUGGGAAUUUGUUAUUUUAUAACCUACAAGAUAUGUAAGAAAUCCAAUCUGUUUUUUCCAGAAAUAUGUUUGCAGAAGCUGGAGGAGCUUCUUAGGUUUGUCAUAAAAAGUUGCUGAAUCCAUUUGUAAAAAAUUUAGAAUAAUUUAAUACCUCCAGUUUUCGAGCAAUCUGACACAAUAUACUUUCUUAUUUCUUAGA